AGCCUCGGUAUGUCAAACUUGACAUUUUGAUGAUAAAAAAUUUUUUGUUGUUUUUGGCAUUUGAAAAAUUCGGUCCGGGUUCGUUUUUAUUGUGCUCUUGACCUCAUACCGUCAUCUCUAUAAAUUAAAAUAAAAAUGACAAACUAUACUGAAGAUCAGAUGGCAGAAUUCCAAGAGGCUUUCCAGUUGUUCGACAACCGAGGUGACAACAAGAUCCAUGUGGCCCAAAUCGGUGAUGCACUGAGGGCGCUUGGUCAAAACCCUACGGAGUCAGAUGUCCAGAAGUACACCCAACAGUACAAACCCGACGAGAGGGUUUCGUUUGAAGUCUUUUUACCCAUUUAUCAACAAAUUUCAAAAACUCGAAGUGCCGACACUGCCGAUGACUUCAUCGAGGGUCUCCGUCAUUUCGAUAAGGACGGAAACGGUUAUAUUAGUGCCGCGGAACUGCGCCACCUGUUGACCACUCUAGGAGAAAAAUUGACCGACGAUGAGGUUGGCGAGCUGCUUCAGGGCCAAGAGGAUUCCCAAGGAAACGUGAAUUACGAAGAGUUUGUGAAAUUAGUCAUGUCCGGUUAGCGAUAGAACAGCGGGAACCUCGCUAAUAUUUAACUUAUUAGUCCUAAAAACGUGGGUUUUAUAAUAUUAUAAUCAAAACGGCGAUUUUCCAAUUAUUAUAUUUAUUGUAAAUUAGAGCAUUUAUUUCUAAAAAGUGGUGGUGCCUUCAUUCCAGUUUUGUACCCUUUAUUUAUAUUGUCAGUUACAAUAUACUUUUUUUUAUUUCA